UUUCAAGAAGCAGAUUCAGUGGUCAUCAGCUUUCACUUCCCACAUGGGUUGAAAGGAUCAAGAAUAUCUUCAGAAAGGUUGCAUUUGUUGGAGUCAUUGGUACUGUUUUCUACUGGAUGGUAAAGCUAUUUGACCUGGAAAUUUCCAAAAAGCAUGUGAUCAAGUCCAAGAUAACAUUUUCUAAGGGAGAGUUCUUCGAUGCAAUUGAAAAGGCUACUCCAAUCGCAAUAUGGAUAGGAUUGGGCUCCCUGUGUAUUGAAAUACUGAGAGCUUUUAUUGGUUGUAUAAUGGAAAGAGAUCUUGUAACCAAGGUCUGGUCUAUUCUACUGUGGUUUGUAUUCUCCUUUGCUGCUCUUGGCAUGUUUGCUAUCAGUCUGGUUCCCUACACGGAUAUUGACUACGCCACGCAACAAAAAGUCUGGCCUGUCAUCAAAAGAUUGAAGCACAAGACUGAUUAUCUGGAGCUAGUGCACGCUUAUGGGCUGUUUAGAAGCAUGACUGGUGUUGGUGGCAGACCGGAAGUGAUUGUUGAAGGAAGCAACUCAUUGGAAGGACCUUGGAAGGAGUACGACUUUCUAUAUAAACCUGGGAUUUUGGACAAAAGACUUCCAGUUGUUGUGUUGAACCAAACUGAAUGCGCAUAG